GCAUAGAAGGUCUGUUCUUUUCAUCUAGUGUGACCUUGUUAUUCAAAGAUUACUUUACCUUUUAUAUCAAACCUUAUUGAAUUUAUAGGACCUAUCCUGCAGCACAGGCAUGUGUAGGUUUAAGGCAGGGUAUUGUAGUCUUUAUUCCAAAUUAAAAUUUUAAGUGAGGUGGUUAGUUUUUGUAUAGUGAAGCCUUAUUCAGUCACGGACAGGUAAAUUGAUCGUGAAUAGCUGUUUACAUAUGUGCAGCAAAUUGGAUGCAUUGGACCAGUCCAUCCUGGGCUGCCAGAUGUCGAGAAUACCAACUGGGCUCUGUGACAAUUUAUAACAAGAAAAUUGUACAAGAAAAGCUGUGUUUUGUUUCCAGUUCAUGUAGGACUUGGCCAUGUAAUACAGAACACCCAAAGCUUCAAGUCACAGGAGAAGUUCACAUAAGCUAACUCAUGUUACUAACAGAAGGUGGAACUUCAGUUUGCUUUUGUGUUUGUCUUGCAAAUAUAUCCAUGUAAUCUUGUUCUGGUGAGACACGUGUGUGUUUGUAUCAUUGUGGUUAUAACUGGGUUUGAAUAUUACUGUUGUAUUUGUAUUAGUUACAGGAAGAUAGCAAGUAUUUUAUGUUAUUCAUAUUAGAUUAACUCAGAAUGGUAAAAUCUGUCAAAAUGGUCAGCAUGUCUAAAUUGCGAUCUUGAGAAGACAAUUCUCACGAGUCGGAGAACAUUUAAUCAUUUAAAAUACUAGCUUUAUUCUGUUCCUCAUAAUAAGAACCCCAGCUAGCUCACUUUGUGCAUGUUUGGGUUUUAAUAUUUGGCUAAAGGUAGACUGAGGCUGCAGCUCCAGGAGCAGCAGGGGCAAUUUAAUAAUUUGCUCAAAGAAAUGAAGGUAAAGAGAGGACUCCCCCUCUUCUUCCUUGCUUCUGGUUGUGCAGUUCAGCCACCUUCUCAAGUCAGCUUUGGCUCUUCUCAGAGUCUUCUCUGAAUUGCUUGGACUUGCCAGCUCAGCAGAGAACUGCCCGCUCAUUGGGAGGAAGCAGAAGUUAGUAUUCUGCCACAUUUAGGGAGCUGAGCUGGCUGUGGAAGAGUCUGAGUGCCAGAGCUGGCACUGGAGGAAAGAAUGGGAGCAGGGGUGGGCUGUGAGAUGGGCUCGCUUUGCCUUGUGAAACUGCACUGUCUGCUCACAAAGCCAAGCUGUGGCAUGCUGAAGGGGCUAGAGAGAAGUGUUUCAGGGUACUGUCUGGUGAACAGAACUGGGCAUUUUUCUGAUUCAGAAGUGAUUCUUUUUCUGUCUUUGCUUUUCUGUCCCACAUGCUCUUUUUGCUUUUCUUGUGGAUCCCUCCCUCCCUCUGCCCAUAGAAGACCACACAAACAAUCAGUUCUCAUUCAGUUUGUGGCAUAAUUAAGCUGCAGAGGACUUUAAUACUUAUGUUGGAGAGACAAAAUAGUGCAUAAUGUUGGCACUAGACCAGAAUUGGGACAUUACAGCUCUGUCAGCAAAGCUCCUGUUUGUCUGGCAGACAGCUUGGUUGAAAUUAGUCAUCUUAACUCCUGAUCAUCUUGAUAGAAGAAAAGCCAAACCUGUAUCCCACAAAGAUCAAAAGACGUUAAGGCUAAUCUAUACCACUACAGCAGUGCAGAGGAAAAAUGUAGGAGCCUCAGGACCUGAGAAGUACACGGAGGCAUUUAUUAAAAAACAGAUUGAAGAGUUCAACCUAGGAAAGAGACAUUUAGCCAACAUGAUGGGAGAAGAUCCAGAAACUUUUACCCAAGAGGAUAUUGAUAAAGCUAUUGCUUAUCUCUUUCCUUCUGGCUUAUUUGACAAACAAGCCAGGCCUAUGAUGAAGCAUCCUACUGAAAUUUUUCCAGAGCAGAGGAAAAUCCAGUGGGGAGAAGAUGGCCGACCACUUCACUUUCUUUUUUAUACUGGCAAACAGGCAUAUUAUUCAUUAAUGCAUGAAACAUAUGAAAAAUUGCUAAAUGUUCAGAAAUAUCAAGAUGAACUGACAGCUCAAGACCUUCCUCCUAAGAAGGAGAAAAAAAACCUGGGUGGCAGCAGAUGGCUGACUAAGAUUGAAUUGGAAGAAAUGUUGUUAGAAAAACUGUCAGAUGAUGAUUAUGCAAGAUUUGUUCAACUCUUAGAAAAAUUGAUGAUGUUUCCAUGUGGUGACAUUGAGGAGAAGUAUAUACAAAAGUUUUCCAGAGCAGUUCCUGUGCAGUUACAAAAGGUAGUUAUUGAGCCCUUGAAGUACGAUGAGCAAGGAGUGGCCUUCAGCACUGGUGAAGGUACAAGAAAAACUGCAAGAGCUACUGCAGUAGUUUAUGACAAUGGGACUGGAAAAAUUACAGUGAAUGGAAUAGACAUUUUACAUUACUUCCCAGUGCUGCAGGACAGAGAACAGUUGUUGUUCCCUUUCCAGUUCCUAGACAGAGUUGGAAAACAUGAUAUGGUUUGCACAGUCUCUGGUGGAGGAAGAUCUGCACAGGCUGGAGCAAUACGUUUAGCCUCUGCAAAAGCCUUAAGGAGUUUCGUGACAGAAAAGGAGGUGGAAUUCAUGAGGCAAGCUGGACUACUAACACUUGACCCACGUGUGAAGGAACGAAAAAAGCCUGGCCAAGAGGGAGCCAGACGGAAAUUCACCUGGAAAAAGCGCUAAGUCUGAGUAUUUAAAGAAGGACAGAAUGUACCAGAACUUCAAAACAUACUGAUGUAUGAUUUAAAACUGUUGUAUAAAUAUAUUUGGUAAUAAAAACAUUUUCCAUUAUAACUACUAUGUUUUCUCUGUUUAAAAAGCAACAAAGCUUUCUUUAAAUUUAUUGAAAAUUGUGUUGUGAUUUGCCGUAUUGCUAAAUCUGAAAUAGCAACUUUGAGUGCCAGCUUUGCAUCUUUGCUCCACUGAAGUCAAUAAUGAUUUAUGAAAGUGUUGGUGGAUUAUAACUUCUAAAAAUCAAUCCAUUUGUUCAGUGACUUGAGUGUCUAAAUUCUGGAAUUAGGCAGCUCCUCACCAGGUAUUUGGACAACUUUGACGUGCUUCCCUUUCUGCCUGGCAGGUGUCUGAGGAUAAGUGACAACUUCCCGCCUAAGCUAUGGUGGAGUUGAGAAACUAGUGAGGACGGUACUGACAAUUGAGGGGAUGUUGAGAGGGGAGCAGUCACAGAGGAUAACCUUUGCCUAUGGAAUCUGUUGUCUCCAGGAUGCCUCCUGGAGGUUAGGUAGGGAGUGAUUCAGAGCAGGUACCUAAAUUUAGGUGCUCUGAAUCACUCUCUGGAGGAGUCAGUUUUUCUCUUCUUCCCCCAAAUGCAGAAGGAGCUGGAGGGAUUAAGCUAAAGUUAAUCUUUUAGAAUGCUCUUCUCCACCCCUUAGAUCUCAAGGGGCCUGAUCAAGGAGGCGUGUUCUGAAUAUGGCUAAUGCACAAAGAUAGCAUUGGACUCUUUGCCAAAUACAGUCAUAACUUUUCUUUUUUAAAAUCAGAAGCAGGAGGUGAUGACAGUGCUGCCCACCUCCUGUCUAUAAUUGUAGCCUUCCAAAAUAGAUUAGUGGUUACAGCACUCACCCAAAAGUGCAAGGUGUUGGUUUAUUGCCAACUUCCUUGCUGGGACAAAGGUCAGAUACAUAGAGCUUCCAAGGAAGAGCAUAUCUUUCAUCUUUCCUGUAGGAACUGGGCUACAGCAAAAAAGACUAUAAGGUUCAUCUCACCAGGAGAAAGUAGAAAAAAAUUAAUUCAACUCGGUAGUUUUAACAACAGGGCACCUUCCAACUUUUCUUUUAAUUUAGAAGACUUCAGUACUUGGAAUUCUUCCUCUUCAGCCAGAUUUUCUGUUAGAGUACCUGCCCUGCUUCUUACUUGCUGUAGAUUAUACCAAAAAUAUUAUACCUCAGAGGUAACAAAAGGUGCUAGCAGAUCACCACAGGUGAUAAACAACUAAGUGAUCUGUAUGGGUCAUUAUUUUCCUGAGCACCAUUCAAGAGAGGGGUAUCAAGUAAAUAGACCUCUUGAACUGAGUAAACCAAAGGAGGUCAGAAACUGGGUAUACGUUCUGAUGUGUUUCUGAUUCCUUACUCCCCAAAGGCACUCUGUGCUGCUUGUUAACUCUUGUUUCAUGAGAAUGCUCAGUAAACUUGGGCAAGAUUUCUCAUUGCUGAGGUAGUUUGUCUCAUUCAAAAAACGUGACUCUGCACCUACCUGACAGGAGGUUGUAGCCAGGUGGGUGUUGGUCUCUUCUCCCAAGUAACAAGUGAUAGGAUGAGAGGAAAUGGCCUCAAGUUGUGCCAGGGGAGGUUUAGAUUGGAUAUUAGGAAAAAUUCUUUGCCAGAAGGGUUGUCAAGUACUGGAACAGGCUGCCCAGGGAAGUGGUGGAGUCACCAUCCCUGGAGGUAUUUAAAAGACACGUAGAUGUGGUGCUCAGGGACAUGGUUUAGUGGUGGACUUGGCAGUGCUACGUUAAUGGUUGGACUCUGAUCUUAAAGGUCUUUAUCAACCAAAACGAUUCUAAGAUUCUAUGACUUUAGUUGAAUUCAACAGCUGAGGCAAUUCACCUAACUCUUUGAAAAACAAACGGGGGUUAUGUGAGACAUGUUUUACACGAAGGCAAAUAGAAAAUGGUUUAAUUAGUAUUUCUGCUAAUUUAUCUGUGAAUUGUUUAUGUGUAGAAAAAUAACUCAUCAUGUUUCAGUAAAAGCUGUGAUUUGAAACGAAAGCAUUCAGUAAAUAUCCAUGCUGGGACAGGUACCUAAGGAUUCCUCUGACGUGCUUACAUAACAAAACAUACAUAAGCACAUGAACUUAAAUGAAGGCACUAGCUGAAGAUGAUAUUGGAGGAGAUUAAAUAGUAGAAUUUUUAUCUUAAGACAAAUGAAAAUUGAUCAGUUUGACCAUAUUAAUUUUCCUACCUCAUUAUUAGGCAAUAAAGCUGAGUGGAACACAUAUCGCUACUUACAAUAUACAAAGUCUUUUAUCAUGUUUUAAAGGAUUUCUUAACGUUUUACCUUCCAAAAAAGUAUGGGCACAGCCUUUGGUGUUUAGAUCCAGCAAAAAUUUUAGACAGGGUAAAGCUUUAGAAUUUAUCACAACUUUUUAGGGGAGUCCAUAGAAGUGGUUGUUGUGCAACUGCAUCCCUUGCUUCAUAGCUACUUGCUCAGGCUUCCAACUAGUUCUGAAACAGCCAAAAGAGAGAAGUAUUUUGAAAACAAAAAGCCAGAAUUGUACGUAUUUUUUGCAUUUUUCACUUGGAUGAGGUUCCUCUCAAUCAUCUGCAAUACAUGUCAACAUUGAGGAGUCAGGAGAUGAAAUAAUUAAGAAGGACUAUUUCUGUGGUGUUAAAGCUGAUCAAAAGGUGAGACAAUUUUUUUCACUCAUUUUUAAAAUUCGUCAGAGCCGAAGUAUCUUAUAUGCCAUCAGUUUCUGGUAAUUGUCACAUUUCUUUUAGUGUGGAAAGCAGUCAGUCAGAAGAUAAUGCUGUAAGGAUGUUUCUGUUUUGUAUUAAUACUGCUAUGUUACCACAAGAUGGAGCAGUUUGCAAUCUAAUGAACUGUUUUCAGAAGUGGUAUGUAGAUACUUGGGAAAUAAAUGAUGAUGAAUGUUCCUUAUAAAUACUGAUUUUCUUUUUUUUUUUAAUAACAACAGGUAAUUAUGAAAAUAAAUGUAUUGGAUUUCAAAA